UCUUCCGUCUCCUAAAGUUCUAUUCUGGCGAAGUUGUUCUUUUUGUCUCGUCGGCUUAUAAGCUCAGCAAUGUCCAGGCCAAGAGUUUUUUUCGAUAUCACCAUCGGCGGAAAAGCUGCCGGACGAAUUGUGAUGGAGCUCAGAGCUGAUGUAGUCCCGAAGACUGCAGAGAACUUCCGUGCACUAUGCACUGGCGAGAAGGGAUUUGGCUACAAAGGGAGUAAAUUCCAUCGAAUCAUUACUGACUUUAUGUGCCAGGGGGGAGAUUUUACUCGUGGCAAUGGAACUGGUGGCAAAUCCAUUUAUGGUGAGAAGUUUGCUGAUGAGAACUUCACCUUAAAGCAUACCGGUAAAGGAAUCCUUUCCAUGGCAAAUGCUGGUCCCAACACCAAUGGAUCACAGUUCUUUAUUUGCACUUCUAAAACUACAUGGCUGGAUGGCAAACAUGUUGUGUUUGGAUCAGUUGUGGAAGGUAGCAGUAUCGUUGAGCAAAUGAAUGAUGUUGGUUCUGAUUCCGGCAAAACAUCAAAGCCUGUGGUUAUAGCAGACUGUGGGCAGUUGUAAUGAAACACUCCUUUUGAUCUGCUGAACAUGUAAACUGUAGAAUGGUAGAGAUCAGGAAAUAAAACUUAAAGUUGUUUUUGCUGUAUGUUAACCACAAA